AUGGCAAAUCAUGAAGAAGAAGAGGAGGAGCGGAAGAGCGGAACACAAGGAGGAGCAGAAGAAGAAGAAGAAUGGCUGCGUUCGGUGAAACAGAUGAGGCAUGCGGAGGAGCAGAGGAGUAUGAUGAAGGAUUGGGAUUUGACUAAGACUGUGUAUUUGUGUUUUGGCACCUAUGGCCAGAGUGCUGAUGUUUUUUGCAAUAUUGAAUCCUUGGAUUUUUCGUCUUCUGGUGUUCGGUCGAUGAAGGUAUAUUCAGUUGGCGCAGCGCUCAACGGUAUGGGUAUAGGUGCUUACGGAUCCAAAAUAGUUUUUGCCGGAGGUUAUGAGGGAUAUUCGAAGGCUACAAGUACCGAUCAUGUCCAAGCAAGGGGGCUGGGGAACCUUUUAGUGGGGGGCAGUAACAUUUUUGUCUCAACAUCGUGUUGUCCUAUUUAUCGAUUUGAUAUGGCUGACCCCAACCACCAAUGGAAACAACACAUUUUCACCGACUAUCCUGGAUUUUCCAUACCUUUGGGUUGCGAAACUUUAGCGGUGGAAACUAGGGAUGGGGAUUGGGUGCUUUUCACAUGUAAGUUGGAAGUUCAUCGAGUUGCUGACGACAAAGACUACCCCAAGGGCGAUGACUACUGGGAUAUGUUUGAUGUGUUUGAUCGUCUUCUUGAAUGGAAGGAUACAUCCAUGAUCGUCUAUUUGAUGUCAAAGGAUUUGACAUCGUUGACAGCUCUUGAACCACUGAAACUGACUCAGUUGAACACGGUACCUCUAUGCGCGCGGAAUAUAGAACCUUAUUUGGUCCAUCUAGGAGCUCAAACCGUCGGCCUAAUUUUGUCCGCAGACACAGGGAAUGAAGCAAUGAGGGAAAAAGAGAUUUUUUUCCAUGAUGUCCUCCAACUAGAACUCGAGGCAAACAUGAAAAGUAUGUCAGCUGAAGAACCCUGCUUGAAGAUGGUUACGACAUGUGUUUUAGUCGUGGCAGUGGCCUGA